AACGUUACAACUUACGAAAGUUUAAUUCGAAUUUGUUUAAUUUAGCACGUAAUUAAGUUCGAAGUUUCUACACAUUUAAAAUUAAUAUUUCUGAUUGAAAUAAAUACACAAAAGGAAGUUAUAGAGAUUAUUUAACUGUGUAAUUUUGGUGUCUUAUGUGUUUAUCGUAAUCAAAAUGGAUAAAACACCAGCGUUGAUCGUGGAGACCUUUAUUGGCAAUUGGAAUGGCGCUUUUCCAAAUCAUCCUCUUACUGCCGCUGAUUUAAAGGUCCCCCAUUCUGUUAUGGGCGCACUGUUUGAAGUAUUCGCCAGACUAGGAAUUGAUCGAGAUGCUGUUUUGUCUCCACCAGAUGAGCCUCACAAUGAGCACACAGCGUACUACUGGGAUUUAAUACCAGUUAUAAAUAUGACUCGGGUUAUAAACCACCUGGUGUCUGUAAUGCCGCAAGUUGAUGCUAAGAUAAGCAUCUCGCACUUCCUUCAACCGACAGUAACAACAUCUCAGUCUAUAUUGUUGUUGUUAUUCAAUUUGAUGAUUUUCAACGAAGAACGAUUAAGUGAUAUUAAUCCACAGGAAGAAGAGCUGUUUUCUAAAUCUAAAGAGGUGAACAAGUUGGAGCAGAAGAAAAAUAAAUUAGUUGAACUGCUCAAUGUACAGGCUGAGGAAAAGGGCAAGAGGGCGGAGAGAAUAGAAGAGUUCCACGAACAAAUCAAACUAUUUGAAGAAGAACUGAAACAGGAAAAUGAAGCUCUCGAGGUUGAGAAGUCAGAAUUGGAGGUAAUAGCGAAAGAGAAUCACCAAUUGGAAGUCAUUGUAGACCAAAAGAAGACACAAAAAGAAGCAGUGACAGAUGAAAUUGAGAAGAAGAAAGCUUUAAUAGUCUAUGACGCUGAUGAUAUUCGAGCUCAGGCUGCGAAAGCGGCGCAGGAUGUUCAAGACGCAGAUGAAAAGUUAAAUGCCCUCUUGGCUACCUUGAUGCUAAAAGAGAAUAACUUAAAGAACUUGCAGACAAUAAAACCCAACUUUGAUGUGGCCAAUAAUUACUUGAAUGAGAUUAUGAAGAUCAUGGACAGCUUGAAGGACUAUGAAAAUGGUGAUUUAGAUUCAGACAGUGUAGAGGGUGAAUUAAAUGUAUUAAACACAGAGAUAAGUGAAUUAGAAUCUCAAUAUACUGAAUUGAAGGUGGCAAGAGAAGAAGCUUUGAAGAGACAUCAGGAAAAUCAGGCCAGGAGGCAGCAAGAAAAGGCAUUGGCCGAAAGGAACAUCAACGAAGCAGAGAAAAAAGAUAAGAAAUGUCAGGAGCAAAUGAAGAAAUCAACGCAAGUAAUAAAUAGUAUUAAAGAGUUGACUCGUAAAUAUGAUGAAGAGAAGAAUAGCUGUCUGGAACAGCUUGGUGAUAUAAAGGAAGACUUUCAGAGCAAGGUCAAACACGCUGAGGAUUCACUCUUAACGGUUUUAGCAAAUGCAGAGAGGGCGAUAAUCCAGAAAUUUUUAAAACAAAAUAAAAAUAUUUGAAUGAUUGCCUAAUUAAAAUAAACUAUUUAAUUUAAUUUUAAAAUUAAU